AUGUCAGACCAAGAUAAGAAAUCAUUCAUCGUUACUUUAAAAGAAAAUGCCAGUGCUGCAAAAUUCAAAGAAGGUUUAAGUAAACUAGGAGGUGAAAUCACUCAUGAAUACACCUUAAUCAAAGGUUUUGCUGUCAAAUUACCAGGAUUCCACGCAGAUUCUCUUAAAAAACACGACGAAGUUGCCACUGUCGAAGAGGACAAAGAAGUCAAGACCCAAUAG